GUCAUGGUUUAAGAGGACAGGAUAUAAAGGGGACAACUGAGACUCCAAAAUAACAGCAGAAAUAACCACAAGAAGAGGAAAUCAUCACCCAGGAAUGAGAAUGAAGAGUGUUGUAUCUCUGCUGGUGUUGCUGCACUGCUGUCUGUCUGGAGCCCAGGUCCACAAAGACAGAGAUGGAGUCAGUGUGAAUGAGAUCCAGCAGGUUGACUAUGAGGACAGAGAGAGCAGAGGGAAUGACAUUCAGACUGACAAACAGAGAGCUGAAGCUGCAUUAACACACAGCCAGCAAACCUGCCAGCCUGACAUCCACACUGUGCUGAGAGAGAUGAGCACCAUGAUGGCAGAGCAGAGAGUUGAGCUGAGACACACAAAGACUGAACUGGGAGCCAUGGAGGCCCGACUGAGAGCCAGUGAGAGCCAACUGACAGACAGUGAGAGCCGACUGACAGCCAGUGAGAGCCGACUGAUAGCCAGUGAGAGCCGACUGACAGACAGUGAGAGCCGACUGACAGACAGUGAGAGCCGACUGACAGACAGUGAGAGCCAGGUGGAGGAACUGAAAGUCCAGCUGAAAUCCAAAGUGGGGGAACUGAUCAAAAUUAAUGAAGACAGGAAGGUGGCUUUCUCAGCCUCACUAGCAGCACCUGGUCAAAAAGGACACACUGGACCCUUCAACACUGCAAUCACCCUGGUCUACAGAAAUAUCUACUCAAACAUUGGCAAUGCUUAUAACCCCACUACAGGGAUCUUCACAGCGCCAGUGAGAGGACUCUACCUGUUCAGGUUUUACAUCAAUGGAGGGGGUGAUAGUUCAGCUCCUACAACUGUAGUCUUGCAUAAGAAUGGACAUCAUAUAGCUGCUGCAUAUGCUGACCAAGCUACCGGUAGUGUUAACUCCUCCAAUGGAGUGUCACUGCUGCUGGAGGUAGGAGAUGUGGUCUACAUGAAUCUCUUGGCUGGGACAAAGAUAUAUGAUGAUGGAAAUCGCCACAGCACCUUCAGUGGUCACCUGCUCUUCACCAUGUAAGAAGGUGUGUUGUCUUUGUCAUGUUAAUAUUAUACUGUAGCUAUGAAAUGUGUUAAGGAAAUGCUGAUUUUCUCUCAUUCUUGUCAGGCAUUUUCUCCUGCUAUAUCGUUUGGAAGUGUCACGUCCUGACCCUAGUAAGAUGUCAUUUUCUAUAGUAGUGUCACGUCCUGGCCAGUAUA